AUGAGUUGUCUUUCCAAAGCCAGUUCUCUAUACAAGAAGUCCUUGGGCGUUUCUUCAUUUUUACAGGAUGAUCUUUUCGUGGUUACAGCUUCCCAUGUGUCUGGCUUGAUGCAUGGGACUGAGAACUUUCCUCCUUCUUUCUUUCCUCCUUCUUUCUUUCCUCCUUCUUUCUUUCUUUUUCUUCUUUCUUUCCUCCUUCUUUCUUUCCUCCUUCUUUCUUUCUUUUUCUUCUUUCUUUCCUCCUUCUUUUUCUUUCCUUUCUUUCUUUCUUUUCUUCUUUCUUCUUUUUUUUUUUCUUUUCUUCUUUCUUUCUUUUUUCUUCUUUCUUUUUUUUCUUUUUCUUUCUUUUUCUUCUUUUUUCUUUUCUUCUUUCUUUCUUUUUUCUUCUUUUUCUUUCUUUUUCUUUCUUUUUUUCUUCUUUCUUUUUCCUUUUCUUUUUCCUUUUUUCUUCUUUUCCUUUUUUUCUUUUUCUUCUUUCUUUCUUCUUAUUGA